UUUAUAUGCAAUUGUUUUCAUGUCAAUAACGAUUUAUUUUAAAUUCGUAUAAUUAAUGAUAAUAAUAAAGAAACCAUUUACUACGAAAGAAAUAAGCCUGAGAGAUGGAUAAGUCUGUAUGGUCUGUAUGGCGCUGAGCUUUUGUUUUUUGCGAAGCUUGUUUGCUGGAAUUGCGUGUUUUUACGUUGGUUUAUGUGACACAGGGGGAGGGGCUAGUGUGUGUGUUUUGAACAAUUUGAGCUCGUGUAAUUAAUGCGAGGAAUGCAUCCUGCGGGGAAGGCAUAUUGUGUCGUUUGACAUGAAGCGGCUGGGUGUCAAGCAUAGAACACAGAUUUUAGACACUCGUCAAGCAAGGAACAAGUCGUUUACGAUGGACUAUUACAUUAUCAUCGUUUUAUUAACAUUAGUGUUAUCUUCAAGCGGUAAGUAAGUCUGUAUUAUUGCUUAUUCUUCUCACUAAAUGUUUGUUUGGUUUGCGAGCAUGCUCAAUUUGCAGUAUAAUUAUGGAAUAGGAGCGAUUUCACCACCUAGCGUUAGACAUGACAUUUAGGAGCAAAACUGAGAAAAUGCUGUUCGUUCGUUUAGCUAGAUGAAAAUACUAUAUUUCUAGGCAAGCUGUCUGUUUCGUUCUGACGCUCAUAAGCAGUUGUAUUGGAAGGAACAUAGUUCUUUAUGUCGCUACAGCUUGCUGUGAGCCAACAGCGAACAGACGGCCUUGUUGAACGCGUAAGCAGCAAUGAUUUAAUUUUAAUCUUUAUCCAUUUGUUAGAUGUGGUUAAAGGAUCUUUAACGUCAAAGAGCUCUGGUUCAUUGUAAGUUUUUAACAAGAUUUAGC